AUGUUACAUUAACAUAAUCUUUCUCUCUGUGUUUGGGGGUGGGUAGCAGGAUAAUUGUGAAACACAUUUUUUCACAAUCUCACCCUUGUUCCUUGUUCCUUGUUCCUUGCUCUUGCUACAAGCCUACAAAGCCUGAGAAAAACAUUGCUUGGCCAUUUGGGGUUGAAAUUCUGCCUAUUCCAGACAUAAUCUCCAGAUUGAAGUCGUUGAAAUGAUUGAAAGGUUUCCAUACAGCUGAUGUUUUACACUUUGCACAUAAAUAAUCCUUGAAGGACCUGAAGAUAAAAAGUUUCCAUUAGUGAAUUAAAUUAUAGAAAUUGAUGAAGGGAUCAAGCAAAAUUUACUAACUUCACAAAAAGCUCACUUUAGAGGAGCCGGAUGAAUACCCUUGGGCUUGUUGAAUAAUGAGGGCUAUUUUUAUUCUUUGGUAAAGUUUGAAGACAUAAAUGGCUGAGAAGAUGGAGAAGAAAUCCCAAACCUCAAGGAUGAAGUGCAAGGGUCCCAACCUAACCAUACCAGAGUUUACUUUGGAAGAUUUCAAGAAGCAUUCACACAUUGCCACACCAACAUCUGCAAAACCUCAAAGUGCAAGGUGGAAGAACUGUCUUUGCUCACCCACCACUCACGUUGGAUCAUUUCGUUGCAGACACCACAGGAAUUCAGGUCUUCCCCGCGGUGGUUCUGUUGGCUCCAACCUCUCCAACUAUGCAGAGCUGGCCGGUGCUAGUAAGCAGAGUCCCCUUAAUGACUCGGUUGAAGCUCAGUAACUUCAUUAUGUAGGGAUAUCAUUAAGCCUAGCUCCAUUUUUUUUUCAUACGAGCUGACUGACUGUGUAGCAUGUUUCCUUGAAUUCAUAUCUGCAAUCAGAACCAAAAUGACAUUGUAGAUAUUGAUGUCAUCCAAGUGUUCUUGAUUUAUACUUGUAUUUGGUCUCAGUUUGAAUUCAUUCUCAACUGCUAACUUUU